AUGUCUGCCCAGACUUUCCCUCAGGGACGCCCACUGCCGACGGCGCAUAUCAUCGGUGCGGGUUUGGGCGGUCUAAUGUUGGGCACACUCCUGGAGCGCAUCAACGUACUCUAUCAUAUCAAUGAGCGAGCCACAAAGGUGCAUCCGCUCGAGUCGGCUACAUCGCUUGGAGCAGGGACUUUAUCAGUCUUUGAUCAACUCGGUCUUUUGGAAGAGAUUGAAUCGUUCGCAGCUGGCUAUCCCACUGUGGCGUGCCACGAGCUACAGCACUGCCACAGCUGCGAUUGGCAAGUGAUCGGUCGACUCUUGGCACCUGUUCCGUCCGGACCCCAAAUUGGGACUAAAAAGGUCAUCCUGACUCUGAACAAGCAUAGGUUCGCGACACCUAUAUUUACUGCUUGGAUGACACUACGUAUGAAGGUGACAUUUUCGUGGGAGCGGACGGAAGCCUACAGCACUGUGCGACAGGAGCUGUACAAACGACUGGAUGAAUAA